GGUCCCCAACGCGAAUUCCUUGCCGUCUAGAAAAACAAUGCUCGCUCCGAGAGACCUACCUACGCCCUACUCGGCACCUGGCACUUGUCACCUGAGCCAUGGCUGCCGCGCUUGCUGGCUUGUCGUUGUAGUGGUAGCUGUUCUCCGAUCCGCCGUCGUCCGACGUGUACGUCCGAUCGACACGUCGCCCGUUCCGGGGGGCGCCGCGCGGAGAAACUAGCAAUGGCGAGCGCGCGGCCGCCGGCGCGCGCGGCGCGGUGCGCCCGCUGCGGCGCGUCCUUGUCCGUGGCCCCCGGGGCGCGCUCCGUGCGGUGCGCGCUCUGCCACGCCGUCACGCGCGUCGAGCGCCGCCCGCACGGCCUGCACCACGCCGCCGUGGGGUUCAUCAAGGGCCUCAUCAACGCCUUCGCGUCGCCGCAGGCGCCGCCGCCCUCCUCCGCCGCGGCGUCGUUUGCCCAGCUGCCGGCGAGCUACCCGCGCGCCCGCGGCUGCAAGAAGCGCGCGCUCCUCGUGGGGAUCAGCUACGCCGGCACCCGGUACGAGCUCAAGGGCGCCGUCAACGACGCCCACUGCAUGGGCUACCUGCUCCGCGAGCGCUUCGGCUUCCCGGCCGACUGCAUCCUCGUCCUCACACAGGAGGACGGGGACCCGUACCGGGUGCCGACGAGGGCGAACCUGAUGCUCGCGCUGCGGUGGCUGGUGGACGGCGCCGCCGCGGGGGACUCCCUGGUGUUCCACUUCUCCGGGCACGGCGUGCAGAAGCUCGACAACAACGGCGACGAGGCGGACGGGUACGACGAGGCGCUGUGCCCGCUGGACUUCGAGGACCCCCGCGGCGGCGUCAUCCUGGACGACGAGAUCAACGCCACCAUCGUCCGCCCGCUGGGCAGGGGCGUCAAGCUGCACGCCAUCGUGGACACCUGCCACAGCGGCACCAUCCUCGACCUCCCCUACCUCUGCCGCCUCUCCAGGACCGGGUACUGGCAAUGGGAGAACCAGCAGACCCGGCUCUCCAGCGAGCAGAAAUGCACCAGCGGCGGCCUCGCGAUCUCGAUCAGCGGCUGCGGCGACAGCCAAACCUCGCAAGACACCACGUUCACCCUGCAGGCGUUCUCGGGCUCCGCCUCGACGGGCGCCAUGACGUACAGCUUCAUCAAGGCGGUGGAGUCGGAGCCGGGCACCACCUACGGCCGCCUGCUCACGGCGAUGAGGGCUACCAUCCGCGACAACGGCGGCGAGUUCGGCAUCCCCGGUCCCAUCGGCACCUUCUUCCGCCGGGUCAUCACCUUCAGCUGCGCGCAGGUACUACUUCGCCGUCGUCAACGUGCAUUGCUAGCUAUACGCCUAUGCCUGAUCCCUGCUGUGUGCUGUCUGAUCCCCUGCCUGUGUCCUGGAUUGGUCUCGCGUGCGUGCAGGAGCCCCAGCUGUGCGCUUCGGAAACGUUCGACAUCUACAGGAAGCCCUUCCUAUUGUGAUUCAAGUUGAACAUGUGGCCGGCCGCUUGCAACAAUUUACAAACGAGUUUAUUUAUGAUUGGCACAGUUUAAUUUGUAGGUGUUUUCGUUUGUCUCUCGUUUCUUGUUUCUGUGCUAGCUAGUGAACAGUGAUAGAUUUUCUUGUGUAAUCAAGUGGUUUGAAAUUAAGGGCUAUAUAUAACCAUGCAUGCUGGAAUUUUGUAGAACUUGAUCAAUGCACAUACAUCUUAAACAUGGCGUAUGUUGAUAUGUGCUAUGGUCGAACAGUAGUGGCCUUUUAGGCAUCAUACGUGUUAGAAUAUGUGUCAGAUAUUGUAUGAUAGUACUGGUUAUGAUUU